GAAGAAAUCUGCUUCAUCUAAUUCAAUCCUAAUUCAGUCCUGCUAAUCUGCUAAUACUGUAGAUUGAAAGAUUUUUUUGCUGUUGCCAGGAUACCCUGUAAUGGGCAAGGAGCCUGAAAGAAUACAAAUCGUUCUGUUUUUUUAACUUAAAAUUUUGUGUUUAACAGGGAACAUGUUUUAAAGUGUUUUGGUUUUGUGCCAGGAGGUGUAUCUGCUGCCCAGCCUCCAAUUCUUUGGAAGAGUUUCAAAGCAAAUGUGUUCAUGAACUGACAUAUAUUAGGACCUGGGCUCCUGUUGAAAAGUGAUGGAAUAAUCUCUGGCCGGCACCUGACAUGUUGAGGGAGCACCCCCUAAAAGAGCUUGCCUGGGAGACAGUUUGUGAAAUAACGCAGUAACAUGUUUGCAGUAACCAGCAUGUUUUGGAAAUUUGAUCUCCAUUCAUCAUCCCACAUAGAUACACUUCUAGAGAGAGAAGAUGUGACACUGAAGGAAUUAAUGGAUGAAGAGGAUGUACUGCAAGAGUGCAAGGCUCAGAAUCGCAAACUUAUAGAGUUUCUACUGAAGUCAGAAUGUUUAGAAGACUUAGUUUCAUUUAUUAUCGAAGAGCCACCUCAAGACAUGGAUGAAAAAAUUCGAUAUAAAUAUCCAAACAUAUCAUGUGAGCUGCUUACAUCAGAUGUCUCACAGAUCAAUGAUAGGCUGGGGGAAGAAGAAUCCUUACUUAUGAAACUGUACAGCUUCCUCUUAAAUGAAUCUCCUUUAAACCCUUUACUGGCCAGUUUCUUCAGCAAGGUGCUAAGUAUUCUUAUAAGCAGAAAACCAGAACAGAUUGUGGAUUUUUUAAAGAGGAAACACGAUUUUGUAGACCUCGUUAUUAAGCACAUAGGGACCUCUGCUAUAAUGGACUUGUUGCUCAGGCUACUGACUUGCAUAGAACCUCCACAGCCCCGGCAAGAAGUGUUAAAUUGGCUAAAUGAGGAGAGAAUUAUCCAGCGGCUUGUGGAAAUUGUGCAUCCAUCUCAAGAUGAAGAUAGGCAUUCAAAUGCAUCACAGUCACUCUGUGAAAUUAUUCGUCUAAGCAGAGACCAGAUGUUACAAGUACAGAACAGUUCAGAACCAGAUCCACUGCUUGCAAGUUUAGAGAAACGAGAAAUCAUAGAGCAGCUGCUGUCUAAUAUUUUUCAUAAAGAAAAAAAUGAAUCUGCAAUAGUCAGUGCAAUCCAAAUACUAUUGACCUUACUUGAGACAAGGCGACAGACGUUUGAAGGCCAUAUAGAGAUCUGUCCUCCAGGCAUGAGCAAUUCAACAUACUCAGUCAACAAAAGUGUUUUAGAAGCCAUAAAAGCACGACUUUCAUCCUUCCAUGAACUCCUACUUGAGCCUCCAAAAAAAAGUGUCAUGAAGACAACCUGGGGUGUGUUGGAUCCACCUGUGGGAAACACGCGUUUAAAUGUGAUUAGAUUAAUAUCUAGCCUUUUGCAGACUAAUACAAGCAGUGUGAAUCAGGAGCUUAUAGAGCUUAACAGCAUAGGAGUAAUACUGGACAUGUUCUUUAAGUAUACAUGGAAUAACUUUUUGCAUACUCAAGUAGAAAUCUGUAUUGCAUUGAUUCUUGCAAGUCCUCUUGAAAGCACAGAAAAUGGCACAAUUACAGAUCAGGAUUCCACUGGGGACAAUCUCUUACUGAAACAUCUCUUCCUUAAGUGCCAAUUAAUAGAACGAAUACUUGAAGCAUGGGACAUGAAUGAGAAGAAACAGGCUGAAGGAGGAAGACGACAUGGCUAUAUGGGUCAUCUGACAAGGAUAGCAAACUGUAUUGUGCAUAGUACAGAUAAGGGGCCAAACAGUACACUAGUCCAACAGCUCAUUAAAGAGCUUCCAGAGGAGGUCAGAGAGCGAUGGGAGACAUUCUGCACAAGCUCUUUAGGAGAAACUAACAAGAGGAAUACAGUGGACCUGGUUACUACCUGCCACAUUCAUUCUUCCAGUGAUGAUGAAAUUGACUUUAAAGAAACUGGUUUCUCACAGGAUUCCUCUUUGCAGCAGGCCUUUUCUGAUUAUCAGAUGCAACAAAUGACGUCCAAUUUUAUUGACCAGUUUGGCUUCAACGAUGAGAAGUUUGCUGAUCAAGAUGACAUCGGCAAUGUUUCUUUUGAUCGGGUCUCAGACAUCAACUUUACCCUUAAUACAAAUGAAAGUGGUAAUAUAGCCUUGUUUGAGGCAUGCUGUAAGGAGCGGAUACAGCAGUUCGAUGAUGGGGGCUCUGAUGAAGAAGACAUUUGGGAAGAAAAACAUAUUGCAUUUACACCAGAAUCCCAGAGGCGUUCUAGUUCGGGCAGUACGGACAGCGAAGAAAGUACAGAUUCCGAAGAAGAGGAUGGGACAAAACAAGACUUGUUUGAAUCACACACCAAUACAGAGGACAAAAUGGAAGUAGACCUAAGUGAACCACCAAACUGGUCAGCUAACUUUGAUGUACCCAUGGAGACUGCACAUGGUGCCAACCUGGAUUCUGUUGGGUCUGAUGUGUGGAGUACAGAAGAACCUAUGCCAGCAAAAGAAACUGGCUGGGCUUCCUUUUCUGAGUUCACAUCCUCUCUGAGCUCAAAAGAUUCCUUAAGAAGUAAUUCUCCUGUGGAAAUGGAAACAAACACAGACCCAAUUGAUCCCUUGAGUGCAAAUGCAACUGCUCUUCCAGCACAGCUAGAGGCCCCAGGAAGUGUUGCUAUGGAGGCCAGCUCAGAUGGAGAGGAUGAUGCAGAAAAUGCAGACAAGGUAACUGAAACAGUAAUGAAUGGCAGCAUGAAGGAGACACUGAGCCUUACUGUAGAUGCUAAAACUGAAACAGCUGUUUUCAAAAGAGUGUUGAAAUCAUAUCGUGAGGAAGGAAAAUUGUCUACCUCGCAGGAUGCUUCAUGUAAAUAUGUAGUAGAAGAGAAUGCAGAGGUUGCAGAAGAGGCUCCUUCAGCUCUGCAGCCUCCUAACAGCAGUCCAGAGCAGAGGACUGACCAACACACCCAUUUAGGAGAGGCAUCUGUUAAUGGCCCUGUAUGAUAUGUGAUGUCUACUACCUUGGCUGAAGAAAAUGAACUGAUACCCAGGUGUUUGAGUGUUUCUUGAGGAUUUCAUCUAGAGCCUGUUGAAACCAGUCACUGCUGCACUAAUUUCGCAAGGGAUCAGGACCAGCAACAUUUAUAUUCUAGAUUUUAAGACAUUGUACAGAAAUUCAUAAGUGUAAAAAUAUUGCACAUUGAGAAAUACCAAUAAUUUUUGCGUAUGUUUAUAUUGUAUUGUUCUAAAUAAUGGGUGGCCUGUGAAAUAAGAUCCUGCUACCCAUGUAAUGAUGACAGUAGUGUUACUAUAGUUAAAAUGGCUGUAAGAAUAGUUUUAUAAAAAAGUGAAUACACAAAUCUAAUGUAUUUGAGACAUAACUAUUUGACGAUUAGUGUGACCAAAGUAUUUAGCAGUUUUCAUACAUUUUUCACCUUGUAAAAAGAAAAGAAAAUGAAUUCAUGUUUCUUCUGAAACUGAAAUGCCCUAUAAAUGUUAUUUUGGUUGUUUUAGCUUACAAAAGUGAUUUAAAUAAGAUUUUUUUUUUUUGGUGUUCAACAUUUUACCACAGGUUUUUAAUUGGUAAUUGUUUUCUGUAUUGUUUAAAACAGAUCAAAAAUGUAAGUCUAUUGGUAGAGAUUUUAAGUAUUUAUUGCUACAACUUAGUUGACAAAUUGAUGUUACUGUAAAGCCAUAUGUUCUGUUAAGUCUUAUUUGCUUGAAACAAUACCUUACAGGUGAAACACUAGAAUAUUUGAAGUGCACAUGGCUUGUUGUGUUUAAGUGAUUCACCUGCCUUUUAACCCAUUCACCAAGAUUUAGUUUAAUACCAAGCAUUAUACAAUGGAACAUUUCAGAACAAUCUGCGUAUUUAAAACGCUAUAAUCCUUUUAGACAAGUCAAGUAAAUGAAAUGCUUGUGCUGCUAAUGUAAUUACAGUACAUGCAUUUUAAAAGUAUAUAGUGUUUUUAAUACAAAUUUUGGCAGCAGAGCAUGUUAAUUGUUACUUUCACUGUACUGAUCUGUGUGAGGCUUUCAUUUGUAUGUUCUAAACCAGUUUUUUUCACAACUGGUUUGUGUAUAUAUAUAUAGUGAUUAUGGAAACUAAUUCUGUGUAAUUUAUAAUUUUCUAUGUCAGUGUAAAAUUCCAACAGCCUUCUCAAACAAACAGAAGCAAUAUAUUGUAUAUUGCCACAUUGUCUGGUGAAAGGGUUAAAGUACUUCACCUCCUGCACUUUUAGAUCAAUUUUUGUUUCUGUAAUACUUAUAUUCAUUUAUUUUUUACAUCCUUUGUUUUCUUGACCAGUAUUUAAAGCCAAAAGGAUACUCUAAACAAUGGCCAAUGAUUUAUUUUAGAAGGCGUCCUAAGCAACGUGCCUAAACAUUACAUUGCAUACAGAAAUAAAAAAAAACCUCACGUAUGUAUAAUGGCAUUGCCCUUAUUGCUUCCUCUCUUGCAUUUUCUACAGCAAAUUUCAGUGGCACUCGUCAUUGCAGGUUGUUACAAACUGAUCAGUUCUGUCAAUAUUGAGGGCACAAAAACCACAGUACUGUAGGUGGAGUUGGUAACUAUGGUUGCCAUUUUAGUUGUACUUUGUAAAUGAUGGAAUCCAGUCAGUUUCUAAUUCUUCAGUUCAGAAUUACUUCCAGAUCAGCUUGACCAAAAAUGCUUUGUAUAUCAGCUUUAAGGUUGGCAGUUGUCCCUUUAUCACUUUCUGAUCUGUUAUUGAACAAGCAGUUUUGUAAACAAAGCCACUCAUUUCAACACAUGAAUUGCAAUCCAAGUAGAAAUUCCAAAUACAGAAGAGCAGUGUGUUGUCUUACAGAAGUUUAUUUCUUUUAAGUGUCAAAACUUUUGUCCUUUCUAGUGGAGCUAUUUGUGUCUUGUUAAGUUGAAUUAACUAGCUACAUAGCCAUGAAAAGUGGAGAUACUGGCAGAAAAUCAGUAUUUCAAGCCCUGUUGCCUGCAGUUCAGCAAUGUCUUCUAGUAUGUUGUCCCUCCUGAUUUUAAUGAACUGUUGUAUCAGUCCACCAUCCAGUUCCUACUGAGCUCAGAACUGAAAAGAAAAAGAGUAUUUUGUUCCAAUUCCCUCUGUUCCCAAUAGGCAGUAUCAGCUGAGUGGAGGUGUGAGAAGUGGUGGUGAGUGGAGUUCACCCUUCAGUGUAGCUUACCUUCUAAUUAAAGGGUGCAGUAAAGGUGAACUAGGGUUGGCUUACCUAACGUUGAUUCCAGUGGUCUUUGAUGGUUCUUCCUUACUAUUGCAUCUAUCGUUAGUUUUAACAGCUUGUGUGGAAGGGGAGUUAAACUUGGGAUUUAACCUAGAUUUGAUGUAGUGUGAGCUUGUUCUGAGAAGGUGUAGGGUAUGUUUUACCCACUAACUAUAUUACUUGUACAACGAAUCCUGAACUUGAAGGGCAAGCUUCGGAGGUGUGUUUUUGGGGGUGUAUGGGUGUGUGUACACCCCCACACACCUUUUGCCAUCUUUUACCAAUGCCUUAUGCUGUUCAUGUAGGCUUAGGAGAGUUUGAACAUCCUUGGAGAGUUCUUCUCAAUGGCUGUUACCCAACCUGUUUAAUCAAAUUUGACUUGCAUGAACUUGAGUCUUCUUUAUUAAAAGAUAUUUUAAUACAUUUGUGAGAUGUACUGAAGUCUAAUACCUUUGUACUGUGUAUUUAGCAGCAGCAGCUAGGAUGAAAUAUGCCUGCUUUGAAUGGCUUGUACUGAAUACAUGCAUUGGCCAUAUUUCACUGUGCUCUUUGAAAUUGCUAAAGGGUCAGUCACUUGAAACUGAGAAUACUCAUGUCAGUUGAUAUCUAAGGGCAGUGGACUUAGUGCUCAUGACUUCUCUGGUAAAUGAUUUUUACUCAAGCCAGAGUGUGUUGCAGAAUUGGCUAGACCAGCAGUAUAUGCAACAGCUCGUUGCCUCUUCAGACCUGUGUCUCAGUUACGUAGCAGAGUGGAUGAAUCAUGCCUUCUUGACCAGAGAAACCGUUAUUUUUAAGUGUAAGCCUUGUAUUGGAUUUUAUAUCAAGAUUAUUCCAUUUAAGUAGACGUGUAGCCAUUGUCUUAACUAACAUUAUUGUUGUUGUUAUUGUUAAUUAAGAAAGCAUUCCCCCUGUUCAGUGAGUUGACACAUAGUUGCUGAGAAGACAACAGGAUAGUUGACACAAUCUCAUUAUAUCCUUGUAAAUGCAACCCAGUGUGACCAUGCUCUUCAGUGAAAUGUACUUUUUUGCUCCUGUUAAGCCCUGUAUCUACCUCUUGAAAACAGUGAGUUCUGUAUUGUCAUCUGCAUACUCUUGUGGAAACUUGCUGUGACAUUCAUUCUUUGUGUGAAAUCCACUGAGAAGUUACAAAAUACUUAUGAGGAAGAUUAAUCACGUUGUUACUAUCGUUCAUUAUAAACUUAUCUUCCUGUUCAAAUUAGCUUUAAUUUCCUUGGAGAUUGUUUUGUUUUCUGACAUCCUCCUUAACACAGUUCUAUCAGGAAGUAUAUAUUGUAUAUAACUGAUGGCUCUAUUAAUAUACUUAAACAAUCACUUCUGACUGUCUCCAGAAUAAAUAGUGCUUUCUCCAGUGUAGUAUAAGUGCUUCAAGUUUCAUUAUAAAAGUGUCUCUGUUGUUUCCCAAACCAGGAUGGAAAAUGGAAGUUCAUGCAGUGGCAACAAGCCUUUUUUGUUCUUAACUUCUGUCUUUUAGUUUCUGCAUCUUACUUUCUAACAGGUAAGGAUUUGGUAUCCUUCUGUUCCAUUAUUGUCUGAAUGUGUAAGGUUACAGCAUGAAGACUAAGGCAAUAAAAGUAAAACAAAAAAUACUCUUGGCAUAAAAAGAGGCAUCUUCCUGCCUGAUUUAGCUAAGACAAUUCAUGAAACCUUUUGGACUUACUCAAACCUGGCUUGGCUUUCUGGUUCAAAUUGUUCCAAGCCUGUGGUUUGCCCUGUGCUUAAUGUUGGUUAAUGACUUGUAAUUACACUUCUUCUAAUGGGAUCACAGGGAAGUCGGUGUGUGCUUCUCACUCUUCUGCCACAUGCUGAAGCAAUAAUGAGAACUGAACUUUAUACUGUGUUUUGCUAGUAGUAUCUUUCAGAAUUUCUCAUAGAUGAUUCUGGGCUUAGUGUUUGAUGCAUCUUUUUCCACUGGAGAGGGGAACAUUUUCUGCAUUUUUCAGCUCUGAAUUGGUAAGUACCUUGCAAAAUGAGUUAGGAUUCCCUUUAGUUCAGCUUUCUGGCCUUAGCUGAAGUACUGUAAUUCUGAUUCUAGGACUUUCUUCAGAAGGAGUGUUCUCCCUUCUCAUUCUGGAUCUCUAUUGAGUGGUGUGGGUGCUUGCCUGUGAUUUAUAUUCUCUGCCUCUCAAAACAUGGAUUCUGAAAACUAAUUUAGAUCGUGAUUGUCUGCUGGCAUACAGUCAUCCAGAGUAAGAAACCCAAAUCUUGCCUAGCUGUUUUUGAGCAGACUUUCUCACUCAUGUCUCAUGAAUCAACACCCAUUUUUUCAGGUAGUUUAUCUGGUUGUCUCACUACUUCAGUCUGUGGAUGAUAAUUAGGUAGAUUGGUGGUUGAUCCUCAAGGACAUAAUAGAGAUACACCUUCUUCAUUUUUUCAGAUGGAAUGUGGACCCAUUAUAGAUUUGUUGAGACUGCUUUUGAACUCUGUGUUACUAUUCCCAUCUAUCUUAAGAGGGUGGGGGUGUUCUUCCCUUCCCCUCAUAUCUACACCAAUUACCUGCCAAAGGUGGUCACAAUUUCAUUUUAGGCAAUAAACUAACCUGGUUCUUUUGCCAGAGCACUGAAGUAUGACUGCAUACAUUGCAAAUAAAAUCUGCUUUCCCUUAUACCAAGCAGAAUUAAGUGUUUGGAAAAUCCUUCUUUGCAGUUUUCUCAAAUGAAAGAUACAAAGUAUUGACUGUCUUCUACUGGUUCUUGUAGCAGGCAGUGGCACAAAAUUACUAAAAUAAGCCUGCUGACUGCUGAAAUUCAUGUGACCUCCUUUCUGUUGAAGUUCUCCAGAGCACCUUUACUGCUAUAUCUUUAUAGAAACACUUGCUGUUAGUGCUGUAUUUGUUAGCAAGGGUUGUUCUUCCCUAAACCAUCGUUCUGAGGGGUGCUUUCAGAUAAGAAGAGUUCUGCUUUGCAGUGAGCCAUAGUGGAGUGUGCAUAUUCAUCAGCAAGCAUUCAAGUGACAAAAGGUAGUAACUAGGAAAUGUAUCAUGUUCAUGGGACUACAGGGGUCCUAUUCUUUCUCUGUAGUCAGUUCAGGAGUGGUUUGAAAACAUAAAAGGGCUGAGGAAGUAUGCAGUGCUUUUUAAAACACUGCAUGUGUAGUUUGACGUACUCUAGAGACAAAUCUGAAGUUGGGAAGAGGUGGGUGACUUCCUGAUAACUAAAUUUUCGAGUGUGUUAUUUACAUGAUUCAUACAUAAUUCAUGUUGACUGCUAUGUCCAAGCACUUAAGAUAUUUUUUAACUACGCUGUAUAAAUAAAUAUAUAUAGAUGCACACUUGUGUGUGCACACAUCAACAGCUGGGAGAUAACUUUCUUCUUGACAUGACUAGCUGCAGUGUGCACGGUACAUUUCCUAAUCAUACUGAACUGUAGAAUUCUAGGAAGGAGGAGGUACUUGAGCAUAUGGUACAGCCCAUUCUGAAGCACUUCACUAAAUAUAAAAUAUUUCUAGGCUUCUGUCUCUGCAUGUGUAGACACUACCAGUGUAAUUUGACAGGAGGAGGAACCAGUGCCUCUGGCUUCUUGAGGCCAACUUCAACUUCUGUCAAAGAAGAUUACUCUGCUUUUCUCAUAGUCCAACUACUUGAUAUAUUUAAGCCUUUUGGCUGAUAUGUUUAUAGCUUCCCAGAAACAGAGGCAAGCAUUCGUAUUUGUGAUUAUUGAAUCAACACUGUCUGCUUUGGCCAGAAGUGGUUCAUCUGUAAACUUGUACUGAUGCCGUUAAUCUAUUAACGGCUGUGCUUCUGCAUACUACAUUAAAUUCUUCUUAAUAUAAUGGUGAAAUCUAGCUGUUUCAGCAAUUGUCAUCAGUACUGUCCUCAAGAGCACAGUGACAGGUUGACUGCAGCUUUGAAUUUGGUGUUGCACAGAUGCAGACCAUCAUAAUGCCCUAUUUGAGAAAGGUAGGGUGUCUGAUGUGGUGGAACAAGCCUCCAGCUGCUCUAAGGGGGUCUAAUGCAUCCUGAAAACAGUCCAAAGAAAGUAAAGUCACCUGGGUGGUUAUCUGCUGUUCAUUAGGAGCUUAUGGAUCUCUGCUGGAGGAACAAAUUGCCCUUGACUUUGCAUUAAGUCCAGAGAACAGCGGCUGCCGAUAGUGCAUGCAGGACCUCCUGCCCUCAGCCAUCCCAGUGUCUGAGCUGAGCAGGCUGCACAGAAAGAUCUUUGCAUGUGACUUGGCUCUGAACAAAGCUUUGUUCAUAUGGUAAGGCAUACCUAGUGGGAGUCUCCAAGUAUCAGGUACAGUGGAGUAUC